AUGAUCCAACUAAAGACGAUGCUCAACUGCAUCGACAACUCCGGCGCCGCCCUCGUCGAAUGCGCCCUCGUCGUCGGCCAGAAGCGUCACGCCAGAAUAGGUGAUCGCAUCGUCGUCGUCGUCCAAGAACAGCGCGGCUCCUCCUCCUCCGGCAUGGCCGGCAUCUCCGCCGCCGCAAAGGUCAAGCGCGGCGACAUCCGCCACGCCGUCGUCGUCCGCACCCGCUACCCGACCCAGCGCCGCGACGGCACCGUCGUCCGCUUCGACGACAACGCCUGCGUCCUGCUCAACAAGUCGGGCGAUCCCGUCGGCACCCGAAUCAACGGCGUCGUCGGCGCAGAGCUCAAGCGCAAGAAGUGGAGCAAGAUCCUGUCCAUGGCGCCGAUGCAGGCGUAA